AUGGCAGGAGGUAAAGGCAAGAGUAUUGGCGGAAAAGCCACUGGCGCGAAAGACUCUUCCAACAAGACUCAGAAGUCCCACAGCGCAAAGGCUGGGUUGCAGUUCCCUUGCGGUCGAGUUAAGCGAUUCCUCAAGAAUAAUACUCAGAACAAGAUGCGUGUUGGUGCCAAAGCUGCCGUCUAUGUUACCGCCGUUCUCGAGUACCUGACCGCUGAAGUCCUGGAACUUGCAGGCAAUGCUGCCAAAGAUCUCAAGGUCAAGCGUAUCACUCCCCGACAUCUUCAAUUGGCUAUUCGAGGUGACGAGGAACUGGACACAUUGAUCAGAGCCACCAUUGCUUUCGGAGGUGUCCUACCACACAUCAACAGAGCACUAUUGUUGAAGGUCGAGCAAAAGAAGAAGAGCAAGGUUGAUGCUUGA